CCCUAUAAUGAAGCUAGGAAUACCCUAAAGCAGAGCCAUUAAUGAAGCUAAGCAAACCCACGAAUGAUCAAGCAAGGAAGAAAAUUGGUGAUGGGUAGGGACAAAGGAGUGGAUCCCUUCCAAGCGGGAGCUAGACCAGUUUGCACAUCGGGCUUCCGGAAGGUCGAGGUGGAGUCGAAACAGAGUAGGAAUUGUGAAAUUGUAGCGAGGGGCGAGGGGUGGUUGUGGGAGCUGGUGGAGAUUGCUGGGGUUAAUUAUGAGGUCGCGGAGAAGCUUGGAUUUGAGAAAGUAUCGGAACAGUUUAUUGGGGAGUGUAAAUCGAAGGCUGUCCUUUUCAAGCAUAAAAAGACUGGUGCUGAGGUCAUGUCAGUGUCAAAUGAUGACGAGAAUAAGGUUUUUGGCAUUGUUUUUCGGACUCCACCAAAGGAUUCAACUGGAAUUCCACACAUCUUGGAACACAGUGUAUUAUGUGGUUCAAGAAAGUAUCCCUUGAAAGAGCCAUUUGUUGAAUUGUUAAAGGGGAGCUUGCAAACUUUUCUGAAUGCAUUCACAUAUCCUGAUAGGACAUGCUACCCGGUUGCUUCCACCAACACAAAGGAUUUCUAUAAUCUGGUUGAUGUAUACCUUGAUGCUGUCUUUUUUCCCAAGUGCAUUGAGGACUUCCAAACUUUUCAACAGGAGGGUGUUGUUUUCAAUGAGAUGAAAGGUGUCUAUUCCCAACCUGAUAAUAUAUUAGAACGAACAGCCAAACAGGCUCUCUUUCGAGAUAAUACCUAUGGUGUUGAUAGUGGAGGUGACCCAAAAGUUAUUCCCAAGCUGACUUUUGAGGAAUUUAAGGAAUUUCAUCGUAAAUAUUACCAUCCAAGCAAUGCCAGGAUAUGGUUCUAUGGAGAUGAUGAUCCAAGUGAGCGCCUUUGGAUCCUUAGUGAAUAUCUAGAUAUGUUUGAUGCAAGUACAGCACCAGAAGAAUCAAAGGUUGGCCCACAAAAGCUUUUUGCAGAGCCAGUCAGGAUUGUUGAGAAAUACCCUGUGGGUGAAGGUGGCAAUCUGAAAAAGAAGCACAUGGUAUCCCAUAAUUGGCUGCUUUCUGAUAAACCAUUGGACUUGCAAACUGAACUUGAGCUUGGCUUUUUGGAUCAUCUUUUGCUGGGAACUCCUGCUUCUCCCUUGAGGAAAGCCUUGCUAGAAAGUAGUUUGGGAGAUGCAAUUGUUGGUGGUGGGGUAGAUGAUGAACUUCUUCAGCCUCAAUUUGGCAUUGGGUUGAAGGGGGUCUCUGAAGACAACAUCCUAAAAGUAGAAGAACUAAUUAUGAGCACACUUCAAAAAUUAUCAGAGGAAGGAUUUGACAAAGAUGCUGUAGAGGCAUCUAUUAACACAAUUGAGUUUUCACUCAGGGAAAACAAUACUGGAUCCUUUCCUCGUGGCCUGUCUUUGAUGCUUCGGUCCAUUGGUAAGUGGAUAUAUGAUAUGGAUCCUUUUGAACCAUUAAAAUAUGAGAAACCCUUAAUGGCCCUAAAAGCCAGGAUAGCUGAAGAAGGCUCCAAAGCUGUUUUCUCUCCUUUGAUAGAGAAAUUCAUCUUAAAUAAUCCUCAUCGUGUGACCAUUGAAAUGCAGCCUGAUCCAGAGAAAGCUUCUCGUGAUGAAGCAGCCGAGAAAGAAAUUCUUGAGAAAGUUAAAGCUAGCAUGACAGAGGAAGACCUAGCUGAGCUAGCACGUGCUACACGGGAGCUAAAAGUGAAACAGGAAACUCCAGACCCUCCAGAGGCUCUAAGAACCGUUCCAAGCCUAUCUUUACAUGAUAUUCCCAAAGAACCGAUACGUGUUCCUACAGAGAUAGGAGAUAUAAAUGGUGUAAAGGUUUUGCAGCAUGAUCUUUUCACAAAUGAUGUGCUUUACAGUGAAGUUGCCUUUGAUAUGAGUUCACUGAAGCAAGAGCUUCUUCCUUUAGUGCCACUAUUUUGUCAGUCAUUGCUGGAGAUGGGUACAGAAGACUUGACCUUUGUCCAACUUAACCAGUUGAUUGGGAGGAAAACGGGAGGAAUUUCAGUUUAUCCAUUCACAUCAUCUGUGCAGGGGAGGGAAGAUCCAUGUAGCCACAUAAUUGUCCGUGGUAAAUCCAUGGCUGGCUGUGCUGAAGACCUAUUUAACCUGAUGAAUUGUGUUCUUCAAGAAGUCCAGUUUACAGACCAGCAGCGGUUUAAGCAGUUUGUUUCCCAAAGCAAAGCGAGAAUGGAGGAUGAAUUAAGAGGCAGUGGUGAUGAAAUUGCAAGAGCAAGGAUGAAUGCAAAGUUAAAUAUGGCUGGGUGGAUUUCUGAGCAAAUGGGUGGAAUCAGUUACCUGGAAUUCCUGCAAGCUCUGGAAGAGAAAGUGGAUAAUGAUUGGGAUGCAAUUUCAUCAUCUCUAGAGGAAAUCCGCAAAUCCAUACUUUCUAGGAAAGGUUGCUUGGUAAAUAUGACAGCUGACAGAAAAACUCUCACAGACACCAAAAAGUUUGUUAGCAAAUUUCUUGAUUUGCUUCCUAGCAACUCUCCUGUAGAAAGAGCUAGUUGGAAUGCUCGACUUCCUCCAAACAAUGAAGCCGUUGUGAUCCCCACACAGGUAAAUUAUGUCGGAAAAGCAGCUAAUCUUUAUGAUGCUGGUUACCAACUUGAUGGGAGUGCUUAUGUUAUUUCAAAACACAUUAGCAAUACAUGGUUGUGGGAUCGUGUGCGUGUUAGUGGUGGGGCUUAUGGAGGUUUCUGUGACUUUGAUACACAUUCAGGUGUACUUUCCUUCCUAUCUUAUCGAGACCCAAACUUGCUAAAGACUCUUGAUGUGUAUGAUGCGACUGGGGAUUUUCUGCGUGAGUUGGAGAUGGAUGAUGAUACACUUACCAAAGCAAUUAUUGGUACCAUUAGUGAUGUGGAUGCAUACCAGCUGCCUGAUGCAAAAGGUUAUAGCAGUUUGUUGCGGUAUUUACAAGGGAUUACUGAUGAAGAAAGGCAAAGGAGACGUGAAGAGAUAUUAUCAACAAGUUUGAAGGACUUUAAAGAAUUUGCCGAUGUCAUUGACGCGGUGAAGGACAAAGGAGUGAGGGUUGCAGUGGCAUCACCUGAUAAUGUUGAAGCUGCAAACAAGGAACGAUCUAACUUUUUCCAAGUGAAGAAAGCUCUCUAAUCCCUUCAAGAACUGCUUUAGACAUGAACUAAUCUCCCUACAACGUUUGUCUUUUCAUCUUAGGUUAAGAAACCCUUAACUAGAAAUAUUGUGGGGUGGAUUAAGGGAUUGGAGAGGAUUGCCUCUCUUGCAAUCCAAGAUCAAAAAAAAGGGAACAAUACAGGAAAACGGGAGAAAGUCCACAGCAGCUGCAAUCUUUUCAAUUCAUUUAAGAGGAUCCUGAAACUAUAC